AUGAAGGUCAUUAUUACCGGAUCGACUGGUCUCGUGGGCAGUGCCGUCAUUCGCGAGGCCAUCACGAAUAGCAGCAUCACACACGCGUUUGUUCUCUCGAGGAAGGAUCUCCCCAAGGAGAUUAGCGACAAUGCCAAGGUUACCGUAAUUCCUCACGCCGACUUCUCUACGUACCCGGAAGAUCUGCUCACUCAGCUUGCCGGGUGUGAGGCUUGCAUCUGGGCUAUUGGCGGACGCGCUGCUCAAUUCCCCGAUCUCGACACGUUCCGAAAGGUGUCUGUGGACUACACCCUUGCAGCUGCUCGCGCGUUCAAGCAGCAUCUCGCGCCGUCCUUGCCAGACAAUCAGCGUUUUCGGUUUGUGUUCUGCAGCGGGAAGUUUGCUGAAUGGGAUCAACAAAAGUCCCUCUCAUUCAUGGCCGAUACUCGGCUGGUCAAGGGCCAAGUUGAGAAGGGAUUGUGCGAUCUUGUGGAUAAAGAUAGUCGAUUUGAUGCCUUUUGCGCCCGGCCGAGCGGCGUGUUGGCUUCAGAUGUCGGCGCGCUCGGAAAGCUCACAGGCAAACUUUAUGGCGCGAUCCAGGUCCAGGAUCUUGCCAAAGCAUUGGUUUACAUUGCACUGAACGGAGCGGAUAAGCAGAUUAUCGAAGCCGACGAGUUGACCCCUUUGCAUCAAUAA